CGUCAUUUUCUCGUUCCUAAAAACUCUAUGUGUCGAGAGCUAGUCAUGAAAGGUACAAGGCAUUGGAAGUAAGGAUUUAUAGAUUGCUGUUACUGUUGCACUGCACUGCAAAGCAAUACUGAGUCAAGACGAGUCAGCAAUUACAUAAUCCAUCCGUGGUAUAUUUGAAGUAGCUGUCCGCCUGCCGUCUUUGCUUUGCUUCGUACUACGACGUGCUGCCUGCAAAGAAAUGAUACCUGAUAUUUUCUUCCCUUUCCUUUUCCUCCCCCACCCCUUCCUUCUAUCCCGCAUUGCAUGUUCGGGGAGUCCGAGUCCGAGAGCCCACGCACGGGGAGCCCUUGGGAUGGUUUUCUUGUCAAGUCCGAUCCUGCAUCUCCUGCUGUUGAGCCAGUAAGGAGCCCGAGGAUUGUUCCGAAACUCGUGCCGGAAGUCGAGGAGGGCAAUAUCGAGUACAAGUUGCGCCUCCUCAACCCUUCCAUGGAGCGAUUUACGCGUCUCGUUACGCAGCUCAAGUGGCGCUUGCUCGAAGGCGGCGGCCAGGCAUAUUAUGAGCUGGGUGUAGCUGAUUCUGGGCAACUGGUCGGCCUCUCUCGAACGCAUCUUGAGCAGUCUCUGCAGACACUGGAAGAGAUGGCCGGUGAAAUCGGUGCUUCUGUCAUUGUGGUGAAAGAGAUCGAAGUCCCUCCGGCGGUAGUGGAGGCCGUGAAGACUUCCGGUAGUCGCGGCAAGAUUGCUGACGGUGCGAUGCGGAUGAAUAAAGUGCGCGUGUCGGAUUAUGCCGAGACGCCGCCAUUGAGCGUAGGUGCUGAGGAAGAGUCCGAGCUUUCUGCACUUGAGGGGGAUGACGAGUCGUUAUUUGGAACGUCGCCUGCGCGCCUUUCUCCCGGCGUUUUCGUGUCCGAUCGGAUUAGUGUUCCGAGUUCUCGGAGAGUAAGCUCGAAUGAUCAGUCCUAUGACUCGGCAGCUGGGGACGAUUAUGUCGACAUUGAGAUCUCCUCCGUUUACAAGCCGCGUCCUCACCGACGUCGCACACCGACGCCCACAGCGACACCUCCUAGAGUCAAGCGAGCCCCAUCCGACGAUGUGUUCUGUCUUGAUCUUACUGUUCUUCAUGCUCCGAGUUUGCCUAUGGACGUCCCAAACGGAAAGAGUAACCACUCUCCGCGAUCGAUGGAAGAUAAAUGGAAGAACAAGGACCUCCGACGAACUUUGCAUACUCAAAUUCCUCGACUUAUCGUACAGGAUGACGGGCAAAGUGAUGUGGAUAACGAGUUUCCGUGUGCUGCAGGUGUUGAUACGAUUGGUACGAGUGAUCACUUGAAGGCGUUGGAUGACCUUGAGAUGGCCGCUGCGCUGUUCAGCUUCAACGGUAAUAACGAUCACAGACGCAGGAGCCAGAAGGAAGAGCCUUCUCGAUGUCCCUCCCUUUCUCCUAGCUCUCGUCCUAGCUCGAAUAGCUCUUCUGCUUCAUCGGAGACUGUGACCAGCCUAUUCGCAAAGGAUCUCAAGGAUGACGAAUCCGACAUCCAAGGUGAUGAUGACGAAAACGACGAUAAGGAAAAUGAUAACGAGACCGAGAUUGAAAACAAGUCGACCUGCAGCGACAUCAUGCACAACGGCAUUCUCACACCAGAUGACCCAACCGAACGAAGAUACAUCGUCGAAGCGCUCGUCCUUGUCAAUCUACAUACACUGGAAUACAAAUACAAGUCUUAUUUGUGGUUUUCCCACGCAGAAGGAAAACUUGAGAUUACUGAGAGCAGGGACUAUGGUUGGCAACUUGUUUAUAGCCAGUUAAAGACUUAA